GAAGAAGAAGAGCAACGACAAGCGCGAUUUUUGCCAAGUUUCAUUUUAAAUUCCAGCCAUUUUGUGCAAGUUUUGAUAAUUUUUUAAUAAAAGAAAACGAAAAAUAAACAACUUUUUAAAAGAUGUGGAAUAAUUUCGAACAAUCACCAUUGGAAGAUGAAACUAUUUCAAAUGCUUUCUCUUCUCGGGGAAUAUUUCGCAUUACAAGCGAGGAUGAGAUUUUACAUCAUCCCCAUGUCCAAGCUUCGGUGCAAAAUAAACGAAUGGUUGUGGCCGUGGAUAAAAGUAUUUUCCUGCUGGAAGAUGAACUUGUGGCCAAGUGUUUUGUGUUAUCCUUUAAUGCAAAUAUUGAUGUUCUGGCCAUAUCACAUACAGGCAAUUUAAUUGUCUGUGGUUUAAGUGAUGGUGAAAUUCAUGGCAUCUAUAUCAAGGGUUUACCCUUGUUUAGCCAAUCCAUUAAAGUGGAGGACGUUCAUGUUGUGGGCGGGAAAACUUUUGCUGGUAUCCAACAGGUGGGCAAUACCUUUUGUGUAACAUGCACAAAUGGCAGUGUGUACAGCCUGACUGAAAUCGAUGAAAGUCCUUUGGAGGAUAAACUUAACGCUUCAUUGGUCGAGAACGACAUAACAGAUUUGGAGAAACAUUUUGCAAUUGUUUGUUUGAAACGCUUGUUCACCAUAAGGGGUUUGAAUGAAAUCACUGCAGCCUUGCUGAUCACUCAAAAUAUGGAUUAUGUUGAUAGCAAGCAAAUGGAACCCCUUGUAAUAGCCGGAACCUAUAAUGCAGUAUAUCUGAGAUCAUCACCAGAUGACAUAGUACGUUUGAAUAUUCCGGAAAUGUAUCAGGGAGUUAAGGAAAUCUAUAAUUUGGAAAACUUCAUUGUUAUCCUUACCAAUUCCGGUCAUUUGCUGGAACUUUGUCCCUAUACCAAACUUUUGUUGGAUACCUCGGAAAUAACAGAUCCUCCCUUGCUAAUAGACAACUUAAUUGUUAUGGAUUGUAAUGAUGAGCAUAUUGAAUUCUUGAUUCUUACCAAGCACACCAAACAAGAGGAACGUUGUAUCAAAAUUGUGGACUAUCCAGGUCUCAAAUGUCACAAUGAAUUGGAUGUAUCGGAACAUUCAUGGCUUGUUCAACAACCAAAAUGUUCUGUGAAUUUGUAUUACUUAUCUGGUGGCGAAUGUAAUUCGAAUGAUUUACCAACCAUUUUGGAAAUGAUAUUGGUCUCUGAAACCCAUCCCAGUGAACGUUUCAAGAAAUUAAUUGCCAAAGGUCAUUUGGAAGAGGCUGAGGAUUUUGGACGGCAAUUUGAGCUGUGCUUACAGCCGAUUUAUGAGGCGAAGGCAAAGAAAAUUUUAGUUGAAAUGAAUUCAUUGGGCGAUAAUAACCCGGAGCUAUUAAAUGAUUUGUUUGCAAAUCUUAUGGAACUUUUACAUAAAAUCGAAAACAAAGAAUUCUUCCGGCAAAAUCGUAUGUUUAACAUACCAUCCCGAAAGAUUUUGGAGAAAUAUCUUAAGGAAGUUCUUAAUCAUUUGGAUGAAGAGAUGGAUGAACAGCAUAUUUUGGAAAUUGUUGAGCAGCUGGAUCGUCUAAAAACAUUGGCCAUACUCGAUCCAUAUGAAGUCAAUAUGGAAUGGCAAAAAUUUGUCUAUCAUCCGAAUUUAAUCAAGUACAUAAAUUCUCUAUUUAAAACUGAUAUGUCAAUGGCAUCUUUAAUAUGGAAACGCCAUUCAUGUGCCAUAUUACCACAACUAAAUGAAAAUGAAUUGAGAAAGCUGUUGAGUUUAAUACCCAGCGAUACGAAACCCUUCAAUAUUUUACAGUGGCUAAGGCAAUUUGUACCGGUUGUCAGCAAUACCCAUCCGAACAUAAUGCCGUUUAUAACAGAUUGGAGCAUAGAAAAGACCCGGUCGCUACAAUAUGCCGAACACUGGCCUGAAAUCGGCUUGGAAUUUUCAACAAAAGUCACGGAAAUAUUUGAAGAUAUCCAAUUUAUGCAUUCCGAUGUACGGCGUCAGCAUGAACGUAAUAUUUCGAAAUUACGUGACUUGGUUAAUGCCCUACAGGAUUUGUUUGUUCUGAAGAAGAGUUACAAUCUGAUUUUCACAUUGGAUAACUAUUUGCAGGAUAGCAUUGAUGAAACGGCCAAAUGUAUUUUACUACGUGUCCAUUUGGAUAAUUUAAAAAGUUUGGUAAAUGAUUUCCUUUAUCCCAUAUAUCAAGAAAAAGGCAAAUCCCCGGUAGCAGCCAUAAGGCGCUACAUUUGUCAAUUGGUUGCUAGUCGAAAUUCCUUCUCCACUUGGCUAGAGAGAUCGGUGGCCUGCAUUGAUCUUCUGCACAAUGAAGAUGAUCGCUUGGAAUCGGCGUUGUUGGUGUUACAGAAUUCUCCCGUUCCAUGGCCAGAUACCGUUGACCCCUUAAUUAAAUUACGCUAUUCAACUCAUCCCUUGGCCCUUAAAAUCAACACAGAAUAUGAAAUACAAGUUAUCAAAAUUAUGAAGGCAAAAUAUAAUUGGCCCACUGACUGUGCAUCGGAUAUGAAUUUAAAUUUGUUUAUGUUUCGUAUUAUAAAAAUGGAUCUACCCGAUAUGUUGGAUGACAUACGUAUCCUAACAAAGGCGGCGCCAGAAAUUGCUACCGCUGCCAAUUUUAAUUGUUGCUAUCAAAUGGUGCGCAAGGGCAAACCCGAUGUUGCAUGUGAUUUUUUCAAAUCUCUCAAGGCAGAUAUUAAUCCGAAACAUGCUACAGAGGUUGCAGAGUUGUUUGCGGAGGUUUUGGAACAAUCGCCCACCCCCCUAACCGACGAGGGCAUAGUGGAGCAAAAGAAUCUUAUAGAAUUCUUUAAAUUCAUUACACCCAAAACCUGUCCCACAGCCCAGAAACGUUUGAAGGCCAUUCAAAAUCGUUUUAUACUACGACACAAAUAUGAUUUACAGAUCAACGAUGUUAUUGAUUUGGCACCCUAUCAAAAUCGUUUACAUCUGCUAAGCAUGGCUCUGGAAAAUGUUAUUAAACGUAGCCAGGAAACCGAUAAUGUUUGCAAUUAUUUUGUGGGUGAAAUUUCCGAUUUGGCCAGUGCUUUGGAUUUAUCGAAAAUGUUUGUGGUUAAACGUUUGUGUCAACGUACCAAAUGCCUGAUAAUAACCUGUGCCAUAACCUACAACAUGUUGGACAUAGUCGAUUGUAAUAAGGAAAAUAAAAAUGAUUUUGUAGAAUUGGCAUUGGAGUUAUUGGCCCAACAAAUACAGCUAACAAAGAGCUCACAAAACUCAAGUACUUUGGCAGCUUUGCUCAAUGAUAAUGAUCCCUUGGCUUUUCCUCUGGCCUAUGAGUUGUUGGUACGAGCCUCUGUUGUGGAGACGGGUCAAAUAAGUGAACUAGCUGAAUUAAUAAAUUAUGUACGAAUUGCAACCACCGGCUACAGUUCAGGUGCCAUUUCCCAGUUUUAUGAAAAUCGUGAAAAAGAAAUAUCCCAAUUGAUUUGCGAGGCCAUAGAUGCUUCGGAAAUUACAGUGGGCGAAAUAACCCUGAAUUUCUCCACAAAUUUAAAUAACUCAUUUGAUAUAAAACAGGAAAUCAAACCCAAGAAAAGAUAUUCAGUUUCGGUAUUUGAUGAUGUGGCACCAUUGCCAACUCAAGCCUCUCAAACCAAGGUCAAUCACAGCGAACACAUUCACAUUGUAAAAUUUGUUUCGCGCACCCUACUCUUUCUCAUUGUCCAGGCGCCGCCCACUAACCAUUUGCUAAUAAAAUUAAAAGAAUUUAUUUUCGGUUCUAAUUUGGAUAUAAAAAUCGAUGUUGACAGUGCCAAAGAUGAUUUCUUUGUAUCAUUGGAACAUCUGAUUAAAAAUAAAAUGCACACUGUCUGGUAUACCAUGGCCCAAUAUGUGCUUGACUAUCAACGACGUCACAAUUGUAAAUUGAUUAAUUGUGAUUUUGUUUCGCUGCAAAUGGGAAGGGUAUUUCGCCAUUUGUUGUCACAAAAAGAUGUUAAUUUCUUGGAUUUGUUUAUCAUGCUCAUUUCCGAUCCUCAUGCAACAAUGUUAUUGGAGAAACUAGAACAUGAUUUAAAAACUGAUCAACAAAAAGUCAAUUUCCUCAUACUAUCGGAAAUGUAUAAUGUCCAUUCGGAAGAUACCAUCAAUGUAGAGAAUAUAAGGACAAAACGCAUCAAACAUUUCUAUUACAUGGAAUUUUGCAAACAAGAUCCCUCCAUUAAGGGUAAAUUUAAUGCUGAUAUUGAUUCCAUAGAGCAGCUGCUAAAAGAAUUCCAUAACAAACAAUUGGAUGUUUCUUUGCUGGAAAGAAUGAGUGCCGAUUUCAAUUUGGACUAUCAAAAAAUGUUGAUAGCACAAGUCAUAAGCAUUCUGCAGGCCCAAGAAAUGCAAUUCGAAAUAAAAAUCGAUAGUUUUGGUGAUGAGGAACUGGUUAUGGUUACGACCGUGGACAGUAUACGCAAUUUGUGUCAGCCGUAUAUAAAUGAAAUUAAAAAUACCGAAUUACUAACAUCCAAAUUAAAACAAUUUAUAGAUGAGAUCAACCUUUAUUUCUAUGAAUUAUAUUUGUGUGUCAUUGAAAUCCUUUUGUAUUUCGAAGCUGUACCCAAAGAAAUGCAAGUUUGGACUAGCAUAUUACAUUUCCUCAAACACAAAAUGGUGGUGAGACGACGAAAUCGCCCUGGCCAGUUGGAAAACGAUAUGUGGUUUGAGUCGCAAAAAGAAAUUGGUGUCUUGCCAAAGAUUGCCCGCUAUCGUUUGCCGUUCAAACCGAUUGUUGAACAACCCCUGAAGGAUAUUUUAGAUUCGGAAUUAAAUGUGGAUAAUUGUGAGUCGUGGUUUCCACUCAUACAAAUGCACACAGUGCUUAAGGGCUCCACAGAUAUUGCCCACAAUUGUGAUUAUUUUUGUAUGUCUGCUGUUAAGAAUUCCAUUACGGAAUACAAGAGUCGUGAUGAUGGUGAAACAUGGCAUUUGCAGCCGACGAAUAAUGCAUUCCUUAAAUCGAUUUUACGUUUGGUCAAACAUGUUCACAACCCAUCAAAGGCAUUUUUGAUUUUAUACUUUGUUUCCAAUUAUGCUCCAGAUGGGGCUGAUCAAGUGGAGGCUUCCUACGAGUGCUAUAAAUAUUGCAUAGAACAUGAAAAGGAAAUAACCGAUAGUAAAUGCCAGGAGCAAAUUAUUAAAAUCAAACGAAAUUUCCCCAUAUUGAAAACGCAACAUUUGUUGUAUAUCUAUGGCCUGACAGAUGAGAAAACAAUGCGUCUCAUUGAAAAUCCCACUGAGUUAAUAUAUCAUUUGUAUCAUCAUGAUAUACUCUUGAAGGGAGGAAAAUUGGAUAUAAACACAGUGGUGAAAGAAAUUGCCGAAUUGCAUAACCUAAAUUUGGAAACAAUACAAUUUAAAUUGUUACAAAAAUGGCUGUCAUUUACGGUGGAAACACCAGAUGGUACGGUGUUGGAUGAGACGUUGUUUGAGGAUCAAAAUUUGGCAGAAAAUGCAAACGAGGAUUCGGGGACAUCCGCUGAAAAUGUCAUAAGAGCAAAUUAUGUCAUAAACAGUUGGCCCAAGGAAGUGGCAGUGCAAUUUUUGGUAGCCCAUAUCUUUCCAGCAGAUGGCACGGUUAACACCUCGAAACAGCUACAAAUGUACGAAUGCUAUUUCAAAUUAUAUGAUGGCAGUAAAUCGUUCGACAAUACAUUGAGUCAAAAGCAAUAUAUCACCAUUAAAUGUGUCCAUGAGCUGAAAAAGCUGGGUUACAAUUCGAGUUUAGAUAAGUUUGCGAAUAGCAAUAAAAUUGACAUACUCAAGACAAUAUGGCAGCGUAAUACCCAUAAUGCCAAUACCUUACAGAUAUUGGCAAAUAUUUGUUUGGGAUUUGAUAUUUAUUUAUCGAAAGUUUGGAAUGGCAUACUGAAACGUAUGGUCAUGAUUGGUAUGGUUAAAGAGUUAAAUGCCCUGGUGGAUUUACUGUCGUGCAAGCCACAAUUGUUACAUACCGAGGGUUUGAUUCUGGCAUGGGAUUUUGUUCUAAUGCAUCCAUUUAAAAAUGCCAAUCAAACCAAGUCGGUGGAACAGGAGGAGAUAUUGCACAAGACUUUGUUCAGACUUCAGAGCUGCCCCGUUGUGCACUCGUUAAAUCUAUUAAAAUUCGCUGAGAAUUGUGAACGUCUCAAUAGGCCGCAUAUGGCUGCAAUACUUUUAGCAUUCUGUCGCAACGAAGAACAAAGAAAUCAAAUCAAAAGUCUCAUCUCAACACGUAACUCGAAAAUGCGCCAAGACAUUUUAGAUUUAGAAGAUGCCGGGAUCUUACCAUUUAUUUUGAAUUUUGCUCUCAAAGAACUAAAAUUGUAAUUUUUUUAUUAAUAGAUUUGAUUUUUCAACACGCAUUUCAGACGCAUUAAAAAGGUAUUCAACUCAUCAUUAACCACCCCAAUAUUAUUCCAUUUAAUUAUAAUUCCAUUAAGUUAUGUUUACAUAAAGUUAUUUUAUUUAAUAUUUUAUAUAUUUAUCACUUGAAGAUAAUAAAUCAAAUAAU